ACAAAUGUCUCAGCCGGUACAAUGUUCACGCGUUUUUACUUUUAAUGGUCUUCUACUUAGGUGUUCAAUAAUUUGAAAAUUACAUUCCUACUUAAAAUGGCUUCGAUGGCUGCGCUCAAUAUGGUCAAGAGUCAGUUCGGUAGAAAUCUUUGGCGUAUUAAAAACGCUGGAAAAGUACUGUACAGGCCUAAAAUUUCACAAGCCGCAUUAGCUUCGAGCUUGUCUGUGAGACGCUACAGUGCUAACCCUAACGUUAAUGCUAGUUCGGACAGCGGAAGCUCAAAUGCGGAAAAGUUGGAAUUCCAAGCAGAGACACGCAUGUUGCUGGAUAUUGUGGCUAAAUCGUUGUACUCAGAAAAAGAGGUUUUCAUAAGAGAGCUCGUUUCUAAUGCUAGUGACGCUUUGGAAAAGUUGCGUUACGUUAGUCUAAAAGCUAGCGAAUCGCACGACAUGGGAAGUCUGGAAAUUAACAUUUCGACCGACAAAACGGAACGAACGUUGACCAUACAGGACAACGGCAUCGGCAUGACGAGAGAAGAACUUAUUUCGAAUUUGGGCACGAUCGCCAAAUCCGGUUCAAAAGCAUUUUUGAAACAAGCUCAAGACGGCGAUUCUACAAACUUGUCGUCGAUUAUUGGACAAUUCGGUGUCGGAUUUUACAGUUGUUUCAUGGUCGCCGACAAAGUCGAAGUGUUCACCAAGUCGAUGGAACCUGACGCUGUCGGAUACUUGUGGAAAUCGGACGGAACAAGCGUGUACGAAAUAACCCAAGUGGACAACGUCGAGAGGGGUACGAAAAUCGUUAUGCACUUGAAAGCCGAUUGUCGGGAGUACGCUUCCGAAGACGCAGUGCGCCAAGUUAUUAACAAGUACAGUAAUUUCGUCAACUCUCCCAUCAAACUAAACGGAUCUGAAAUAAACACCAUACAACCGUUGUGGUUGCACAGUCCAAAAUCGAUUACCAAAGAACAACACGAUGAGUUCUACAAGUACAUUUCUAACUCGUACGACAAACCGAGGUUCGUGUUACAUUAUUCCGCCGAAGCUCCUAUUCAAGUUCGCGCUCUGUUAUAUUUCCCAGAAACUCCUAGCACAGGUCACGUUGAGUUCCGUAGUAACGUGACCAAAGGCGUUUCGCUGUACACCAGGCGAAUAUUGGUUAAAAAAGAAGCCGAACAUGUACUGCCCAAAUGGCUUGGAUUUGUCAAAGGUGUUAUAGAUUCAGAAGAUAUUCCGUUAAAUUUGAGCAGAGAAAUGUUGCAAAAUUCUGCGCUUUUACAAAAAUUGAACCGUUUGCUCAGCAGUAGAAUUAUUAAGUUUUUACACGAAAAAUCUGUUAACGACCUCGAGGAAUAUAUGAAAUUCUAUAACGACUACAGUAUUUUCAUAAAAGAAGGAAUUGUCGUGAACGAAGAUCCUUCAGAACAGGAAAAUCUGGCUAGCCUCUUGCGAUACGAAUCUUCGCACACCGAGCCGGGCGAGACGAUAUCGUUCGAAGAGUACAUCAAGAGGAAACCGGAGGGCCAAAAUGAUAUUUACUAUUUAGCGGCGCCAAAUCGUGCCUUGGCCGAAAGUUCUCCGUACAUAGAAGCGCUGAAGAAAAAGAACGUCGAGGUGAUGUACUGCUACGAGCCGCACGACGAAAUAGUUUUGUACCAACUGAAAUCGUUCAAAAACGUCAAGCUGACGUUGGUGGAAAAAGAAGUCAACUCGGCCAGCGAUCAAGAGCCGAAAACACAAGAUUACGGCGCCGAUAGUCUGAGUCAGUUGCAGUUGGACUCGCUGUUGCCUUGGAUCGAAACCACUCUCGGUGCGAAAAUCAAAAAAGCCAAAGUCACCGGCCAACUAGACACUCAUCCGUGCGUGAUCACCGUGCAGGACAUGACGGCCGCCAGACAUUUCAUUAAGACGCGAUACCAAGAAAUGGACGAGGAUAUGUUGUUUUCGAUUUUACAGCCGCAACUGGAACUCAACCCUAAACAUCCUGUCAUAAAGAAGUUACAUACUCUCAAAGACUCGAAUCAAGAACUGGCAAAACUAGUAGUCGAACAGCUAUUCAGCAACUCGAUGGUAACGGCCGGAUUGAUCAACGACUCGAGAAAGUUAGUGUCCAAUCUGAAUCGUCUUCUCGAAUUAGCUGUUGAAAAAUAUUAGACGAUUAAACGCCCGUAGUUUGGGAAAAAAUCUGGUUAAUUUUGUAAAUAUUAUUAUAUAAUUUUGUUUGUUUUUUUUUUAUACAUAGAAAUAUAUUUUUAAAAAUUGUAUGUAUAUGUUUUUCACAUUUUGUAAGACAUUAAAUGUGCGUGUUAAGUAUAGCGCAAUAGAAUGACGGAAAAUUUAAAUCGGCCGCUCAGCAAAUAACGGUAUGUAAGUUGGCCAACUGAACUUGUUGUCCGAACGACAAAUGAUACCGAUUUCAAUAAGUACUAAUCAUUUGCAUAUUAUGAGUUAUGAUUAAUAUUAAAGGUUCACGAUGAAAAAUAAAAAUUUAAAGAAAUAUGACGUGAACGUUCUGAAGUGUAAUAUUUACGAAGGCAACGUAAAACAGUUCAGUCGAAGCGGCUCUGAAAUUAAAAUAAAUCAUCGGAUAGCUGGCCGGUAUGAGUUUAUUAUGUAAUAUUUUUUUGUUAUUGAAUUACCUAAAAUAAAAACUAAAUUUUGCCAACUAAA